AUGGCGUCGAUCUGUUUCUUCUUCCUCUUUGUUUCUUUUCUCUUCUACUGCGGCGGCGGCGCAGCCUCCGACCAAGAGCGUAAAGCUUACAUUAUUCACGUUGAAGUCCCAUCGGGUGUUUCCUCGCAUGAUUUUGGAGACUACUCCUUACUCCUGAAGAGCGUCGCCGGAACUUUAGAGAUCGAAGAAGAUGAUGCGGCGUCGCGGGUCAUACACUCCUACCGGAAUGUUAUGACCGGUUUCUCAGCGAUGCUGACGGAGAGCGAGGUGGCGGCCAUUUCGAAGGUCGACUGGCUCUUGCGCGCCGUUCCAAGCUUGGUUUACCGUCCGUUGACCACCCACUCGCCCCUGUUCUUGGGAUUGCGCCACCGUACCCACAGCGUGUGGAACGCCACCAACAUGGGGGAAGGCGUCAUCAUAGGCGUCCUCGAUUCCGGCGUCACCCCCGGCCACCCUUCGUAUAGUGACCGCGGCAUGCCGCCUCCUCCUGCCAAGUGGAAAGGCCGUUGCGACUUCGGGAACGCGUCAUCGUCGGCGAAGAAGUUCUGCAACAACAAGCUUAUCGGUGCCCGGUCCUUCAUCAGCUAUAAAGGGUCUGCAUCGACGGAUUCACCUAUUGAUAAGGACGGCCACGGUACUCACACGUCGAGCACCGCCGCCGGGGCAUUCGUGAAGGGUGCUAACGUGUACGGGGAGGCCAAGGGACUAGCCGCCGGGAUGGCCCCCCGCGCGCAUCUAGCCAUUUAUAAGGUUUGCUCAGAGGACGAGUGUCAGGGGCAGGACAUUCUCGCCGGCAUGGACGCCGCGGUGGAGGACGGUGUCGAUGUGCUCUCACUCUCGCUCGGUGGCGACCCUAGGCCAUUCUACUUGGACCCUAUCGCGAUCGGCGGUUUUAACGCCAUGACUAGGGGAGUCUUUGUCAGCUGUUCGGCGGGCAACUCGGGGCCGUCUAAUUCCACCGUAUCCAAUGACGCGCCGUGGUUGCUCACGGUGGCGGCUAGCACCAUGGACCGUGAGUUCUUGGCCACCGUAAAGCUCGGCGACGGCAGCGAGUUCCGUGGGGAAAGCAUCUACCAGCCGCAGGGAUUCUCAUCGAAGAAGUAUCCUCUCGUGUUCCCUGGCGGCGCUUCCACCUUCUUGUGUCUCAAAGGUUCCCUUGACGGUAUCAACGUGAAGGGAAAGAUUGUGCUCUGCGACCGCGGCGUCAACGGACGGAUCGAGAAGGGGGAAGUCGUCAAGCAAGCCGGCGGUGUUGGCAUGGUGCUCGUCAAUCAACCGCAAGACGGCUACAGCACUCUUGCAGAUGUUCACGCGUUGCCGGCGUCGCAUAUUCCCUACGCCUAUGGACUUAAGAUCAAGGCUUACAUCAACUCCUCCUCGAACCCGACGGCCACCAUCGUCUUCAACGGCACCAUUACACAUGCGCCCCGCUCUCCGGCGAUAACUUCAUUUUCCUCCCGCGGGCCCAGCCAGAUCACGCCGGGAAUCCUCAAGCCCGAUAUCACCGGCCCCGGUGUCAGCGUCCUCGCCGCUUGGAACACACAAAAAUUCAACGUCAUCUCCGGCACCUCCAUGUCCUGCCCCCAUCUCUCCGGCAUCGCCGCACUUAUUAAGAAAGUCCAUCCCGAUUGGUCGCCUGCCGCCAUCAAAUCCGCCAUAAUGACGACCGCCUAUGUGAAAGACAACACUAACAACUCCAUCUCCGACGAGAGGAAUCUUCCAGCCGACCUUUUCGCGGUCGGCUCUGGCCACGUCAAGCCGCUAAAGGUCCUCAACCCAGGGCUCGUCUACGACAUCUCUCCGGAGGAUUAUUAUUCUUACCUCUGCGGACUCGGCUACACUGACUCCGACGUGCGUGUCAUUGUCCACCGCAAUAUCAACUGCUCGUCGAUCAAGAACAUUCCGGAAGGAGAGCUCAACUACCCUUCCAUCACCGUUCGAUUGCCGGCGAACCAGACAAGGACAGUGACCUUCACGAGGACGGUGACCAACGUCGGUGAGGCGACAGCAACGUACUACGCGAAGUUGGACGUGCCUGACGUAGUUUCGGCCAGCGUGGUUCCAAGAAUGUUAACCUUCGAGAAGGUUAAGGCGAAGAAGAGCUUUAGGAUCAGUUUCCAACGGAGUCACCAAGGCGCGUCGACACCGGCGGUCGAAGGGCAGUUGAGGUGGGUUUCUCCGACUAGGCGUGUGGUCAGGAGUCCAAUCUCCAUAAUUCUGGAAUAA